UGGCCCCACCUCCUCUGCGCCUCCCGCCCUCCCCGGGCAGGAUAGUGGAGCGCGGCCGGAGGCGCCUGCAGAUGCGGGCGGAAAAUGGAUGGAACUAGAAGAAACCAUUCUGAUCAAGGUGUGAUCAUUUUCUGCAACAACUCACAGGACUCAUGACAGGGCUCUACAGGUAUAACAGGAAUUCAUAAAAAUGUCAGGUGUGGUCCCCACAGCCCCCGAGCAGCCUACAGGAGAAAUGGAAAAUCAGACAAUAUCACCAACUGCAGUAUCUGAUGUCCCACCUGACUACAAUUCUCAUUUUGUGCCAGGACCUGGUGGACCAGCUGCCCCUACACCUGCAGGCUUGCCGAUGGGAUACAAUAUUCCACAGCAUCCCGGUGCUAUCCCCUUGUACCAUCCCACUGGUGGUGCCCAUCCUAUCCAGUACCAGCCUGGCAAAUAUCCUAUGACGAAUCAGCCUGCUCCGGUAAUGUGGAUGCCAGGGCCAACUCCUAUGCCCAGCUGCCCUCCUGGUCUGGAAUAUUUAGCUCAGUUGGACAACAUACAUGUUCUUCAGCAUUUUGAGCCUCUGGAAUUGAUAACAGGGUUUGAAACUAAUAAUAGAUAUGAUAUCAAAAACAACAUAGACCAGAUGGUAUACAUUGUUACUGAAGACACAGAUGACUACACCAGGAAUGCCUAUCGGAACCUCCGACCCUUCGUGCUCCGGGUCACUGACUGCCUGGGCCGAGAGAUCAUGACCAUGCAGAGGCCUUUCCGAUGUACCUGCUGUUGCUUCUGCUGCUCCUGUGCAAGGCAAGAGCUGGAAGUGCAGUGUCCUCCUGGUGUCACCAUUGGAUUUGUUGCAGAACACUGGAACUUAUGCAGAGCCACUUACAGCAUCCAAAAUCAGAAGAAAGAGAAUGUGAUGAGAGUCAACUCUCUAGAUGGAGCAUCUAACAUCGGCAGUAUUAUCAGAAAGUGGAAUGGCUUUCUAUCAACAAUGGGAGAUGCUGACCACUUUGAGAUUCGCUUCCCUUUGGACCUGGAUGUGACGAUGAAAGCGAUGAUUUUCGGCACUUGCUUCCUCAUUGACUUCAUGUACUUUGAAAGGACUCCUACACGGCGUUCAUCAAGAUAGAGGGAUCAAGCAAAGAACCAGUUGAAAACAAAAUUAGAGAAAUGUGCGUUGGGCUCACAGCCAGCCUUCAGUUAUUUGCAAGUAUCUUUAUCUGGCUUGAACAUUGCUUUCACUGGUAUAAGUUCAAAGAUGCAGUCAGGACACAUGUCCCAGUCGAGUAUUUGGAUUCUUGGGACACUAUUAGCCAAGUAAACAUAAACAGUGCAAGCAAUAAACAAACAGCACAUGAGCUAUGGAAAAAUGAAGCCCUUAGUUCUCAACUUAACAGGCAGUAACACAUCUUCUGUGUCUGUCUGUCCCUCUCUUCUUUGUCAAGAGGGCAAACUUGAUUCCAGGUGACAGGACUUUCACAAUUAAUCGUCGUCUUUAGGACUCAAAAGGCACACAGAAAUAACGUGCUUUAACAAGCAAAGAAAAUACUUCUUGUGGGCAUGUAUCAGAAGUGUGUUCUGCAACAUUCAUAAAAGUUCAUGAAGUUCUCUGUGGGGAAUUUGACUUUAUUACAAAAGAAAGUGUGUUUUAUGCUUCAGUUUUUACUUGCCACAAGUAUGUCUUCAUCUCUUCAGCUGCAUAAUUUGAAGCUAACUAUUCAUGAAGGCAGGAUGAGGCUACUAGGGAAAGUUGGCCAGAGCCACAACCAAAUAAGAUCUUCACAUCUUAGGGCUUUGGUGCUUGAGUACUAACUUUGGACAUUUACUUACUUGGCACAUUUAGCAUCACAGACACUUUCGAUCUGAAUUUUUAUCCAGAAGUCUAGGAUUAUGUAUUGUAUCUUUGUAUCUCACAUGACACUUUUUCAAAACCAGUCUAAUGACCAGGAUGUUUAUAAUGACAAACAGUUUAUAAAAACUGAAUGUAUAAAUCUUAUCAUUGUUUACCAUUGCUUUACUGCAUUCCAUGUCAAACAACUCUUUACAAACAAACAAUAGGAAAACACAGUAAAUAUGUUGCCUUCAAAUUCUCCCCAGAUUGUCAACGAACACUAUGGAGGAUCAGCUGAGCACUUGUAUGUACCAAGGAUGGUGUAUGUGUGAAUAUAAUAAUUAGUGAGUCUCUCAUCUUGGCACGUGGACUGUGUUCUUUCAUGGAUGUAUUCUUUUAGAGCUUAUUUAAUGAAGAUUAAAUGUUCUUAGGUUGGGUUAUCCUGAGAGAAGAGUCUUAGCUGAUAGCUCUUUUUGAAAUAAAUGACAGGUGCUUCACUUUUACUUAUACUAACCUUUUUAUGAUAAAGAUUGUUUUACUACAUUAUUUGUAAAAAUUCUUUACUUGCCAUUGUUCAUUUUUAUAAAAAAUUAAGAUAUAUGAACUGUUUUCUAAAAUAAUAAAUACCUUAUAUUUUAAAAUGCAACUCAAAUAGUAACUAGACACACCUGCUUUCUGUAGUACUUACUUAUAUAUUGCAUAUAAACCAGAUUAAGAGAGCUUGUGUAUGAACUUGUCAUUUUACCCACCCUGGCCUUACAUUGAUAGUGCAGGUCAGGUACUUUACAUUUCUGUUGCAUAUUUUAGUGUUUGUGAUACUAAUAUAUCUCUAACUGAAAAUUCCUUAAUAUAAUAAGGUGUCAUAUUUUAAUGUAAUGUAAUUUGUGCAAUUCCUGUAUCUCAUAAUGGAAUUUAUUGUAUGAAAUUAACCACCUUAACUAAAAAGAUAAACAAAACUUUUUUCAUUUUA